GGAGAUCAGGGUCUGCUGCCAAGGGGAUAAAAGGUAUGAAGAAGGGCCCAAGUUUGUAUGCAGAAAGUUCAACUUGUAUGUGCUAGGAAUGUGAGGGCCCAUAAUAUUUCACUGUUGGUUGAAGACAGAUGAUGCUGUGUUUAAAAAUGGGGCGUCGCUCAUCAGACACAGAGGAAGAGAACAGAAGCCGAAGAAAAAAGAAACACCGCAGGCGUUCAUCUUCAAGUAGCUCCUCAGACAGCAGAACGUACACCCGUAAAAAGUCCGGAAGGAAAUCAAGAUCGAGGUCACGCUCUCGAGAUCUCCAGUCUCGUUCACAUUCCUAUGAGAAAAGACGCAGACACAGAUCAAGCAGUAGUUCUUCAUAUGGUUCCAGAAGAAAACGCAGUCGUAGCCGAUCAAGGGGCAGAGGAAAAUCCUACAGGUCUCAGAGAUCAAGAUCAAAGAGUAGAACAAGAAGAUCACGAUCAAGACCUCGUCAGCGUUCUUAUAGUCGAAGUAGUGAAAGAUCCGGUCAUAGGAGAACUCAUAGCGGGUCUCGUGAAAGAGAACGGCGUAAAGGCAGAGAGAAAGAAAAAGUAAGAGAGAAAGAGAAAGGCAAAGGAAAAGAGAAGGAGAUAUAUGGCGCAAAGCUUGGGGACCCUGGAAACAUCAAAGCUGGAUUAGAACAUCUGACGCCCGCGGAGCAGGCCAAGGCGAGGCUGCAGCUGGUGCUCGAGGCGGCAGCUAAAGCAGAUGAAGCUUUGAAGGCUAAAGAGAGGAGCGAAGAAGAAGCAAAGAAAAGAAAGGAAGAAGACCAAGCCACCCUAGUAGAGCAAGUCAAACGAGUAAAAGAAAUUGAAGCUAUUGAAAGUGACUCCUUUGUUCCACAGACAUUCAGAUCAAGUAAAGAAGUCAAAAAGACAACAGAACCUACUGAACUAAAAUACGAACCUGUAACUGUAGGAGUGGGAACUGUUGAUGCACCUGCUACUGAAAAAGAAACAACAACUGCCAACAUUCCUACUGCUAUCAAAUAUCAAGAUGAUAAUUCUUUAGCACAUCCAAAUCUAUUUAUUGAGAAGGCAGAAGCAGAAGAAAAGUGGUUUCAGAGGUUGAUCGCACUUCGGCAAGAAAGGCUCAUGGGCAGUCCAGUGGCCUGAGUGAACAUCAUACAGAAAUUCUCUGUGAUGCUAAGAAAUCCUACCAUUAAAUUUCUCUUUUCAGGGGAUUUUAGUACUUAGUGAGUUGUACAGAGAAUAAGUAUUUCAUCUGAAUAAACAAAAAUGUUCUAUCCUCAAUUUUUUUCCCAAUUCAUUGCUGAGUUACUUGUAUUGCUAAGCUACCUGCUAUGAAAGGGAAGGCUACCAUGGCAGUGUAAUUUGCUUUUUUUGUACUGAAUUUCUCUUGUGUGCAAAAGACCUGACAGCCCAAUCAAAAAAAUGUAUAUAUUCAUGUAGACAGAUAAGGGAAAAAGUAGGACUAUCCAAAAAAGUUCAGAUUUACCAGUGCCGGAACAGGAGUGCAGAUGAUACCACCCUGGGCCAUUAAAUUUUUUGCAACUGAGGAAGGAUUCAGGGCAAACUAUAUUGCUGUUCUCUCUUCUUCCUUCAUUUUUCUCCUUGCUGAGGGGGUAUUCUAAACUGCUGCAUUCAUCUGCCUGCUCCAAACUUAUCCUGGUUCCUCACUUUGGCCUUGAGUGGAAAGAAACCUUUGUUUUAAAUUUGCUGAAACAUCUACAUUCUACUCUUAGGAUACUAGAGAUUCAGCAGAUGUAAUUAAAAAUCAUGUUAGCCUUUUAAACAAAUUAGUGUAAGUUUUCAGCAUUUCCUAGGUAGUUUUAAGAAUAUUAAAAAGAUGAAUAUUCUGGAAAACCAGGAACUCUUAAUGGCAAAUAAUAUAAAUAUUAUUGUGUAUACUGGUAGGGACCCUUAUUGAACAAGACUGGUGACAUACCUAUUUCUGGAGAGAGUGACUGUUUUUAGUAUAUAAAGUUUCCAUUUGUCAAAAUGUGACUUUAAAAGAAUGAGAUCAGUCACGUUUGGGCUACCAUCCAGUUUCUCUCGUGCACACCAAUUAGUAUAUUAAAAAAAAAAAUCCACCCACUAUCCAAGUAAAUACCAGACACCAUCCAAAAAAGAAAAAAAAAGCUGAAAGUAUUUCUUCUGAGGUAUCUGGCAAAUCUGUGGGAAAACUGUAACAUCAGUGGAAGAUUAAAAUAAGUCUCACAGUUCUGGACAUAUCUCAUUGGAAAUGACAUGCAUCAGCUUUCUGUUUGAAUGAAGAAAUUCAUAAGGGGUUCUUUUAAUAUUACUUUUCCUUGUUCUCAAAUGUGUAGUGAAAAAAAUGGAGGGUGGAGGAUUCUGGAAAUACACUUUGAAUGAUCAUCUUACUGCUUAGAUUAAUGAUGUGAAAGGAAAACGUAUUAAAAAUAUGCUGGAAUGCAAGUUUAAUUUUUAUUUACAAACAGUGUUAGUUUUACUGGGUCCUGCUUUAAAAUAGGUGUUUAUGUUUCAAGACUGUCUUGUCUGCAGCUAAAAGGAAAAAAACUGUUUUAUUUCAGCAUUUUCAAAUGGUAACCAUUUGGCAUUGUCCUGUUUUCUAAUCUCCUUCUAUGUAUCUUUCAUAGCAAAUAAAAACUGUUUGAUCCCCAUAUAA